GGGACGGGCGCGGGGACGGCUCCGGGGGGCGGGGGCCGGGGCCCGGGCCGGCUCGCGCGGGGGGUAUGAUGACCCGGCGACGGGGCCCCGGAUCUCGUCUCCUCCGCCGCCUCCUCACGGCAGCCCCAGCUCGCGGCUGAGAACCAGACCCACCGGCGGUAUGGCAUCACAGCUGCAGGUGUUUUCCCCCCCAUCAGUGUCGUCGAGUGCCUUCUGCAGUGCGAAGAAACUGAAAAUAGAGCCCUCUGGCUGGGAUGUUUCUGGACAGAGCAGCAACGACAAAUAUUAUACCCACAGCAAAACCCUCCCAGCCACACAAGGGCAAGCCAACUCCUCUCACCAGGUAGCAAAUUUCAACAUCCCUGCCUACGACCAGGGCCUCCUCCUCCCAGCUCCUGCAGUGGAGCAUAUUGUUGUAACAGCUGCUGAUAGCUCGGCCAGUGCUGCUCCAUCAACCUUCCAAAGCAGCCAGACCCUGACUCACAGAAGCAACGUUUCUUUGCUUGAGCCAUAUCAAAAAUGUGGAUUGAAAAGAAAAAGUGAGGAAGUUGACAGCAACGGUAGCGUGCAAAUCAUAGAAGAACAUCCCCCUCUCAUGCUGCAAAACAGGACUGUGGUGGGUGCUGCUGCCACGACCACCACUGUGACCACAAAGAGUAGCAGUUCCAGUGGAGAAGGGGACUACCAGCUGGUCCAGCAUGAGAUCCUUUGCUCUAUGACCAAUAGCUAUGAAGUGUUGGAGUUCCUAGGCCGGGGAACAUUUGGACAGGUGGCUAAGUGCUGGAAGCGGAGCACGAAGGAAAUUGUGGCUAUUAAAAUCUUGAAGAACCACCCCUCCUAUGCCAGACAAGGACAGAUUGAAGUGAGCAUCCUUUCUCGCCUAAGCAGUGAAAAUGCUGAUGAGUAUAAUUUUGUUCGUUCUUAUGAGUGCUUUCAGCAUAAGAAUCACACCUGCCUUGUGUUUGAGAUGCUGGAGCAGAACUUGUAUGAUUUUCUAAAGCAGAACAAGUUUAGCCCACUGCCACUCAAGUACAUCAGACCAAUCUUGCAGCAGGUGGCCACAGCCCUGAUGAAGCUCAAGAGCCUUGGUCUGAUUCACGCUGACCUUAAGCCUGAAAACAUAAUGCUGGUCGAUCCAGUGCGCCAACCCUACCGAGUGAAGGUCAUUGACUUUGGUUCUGCUAGUCACGUUUCCAAAGCUGUGUGCUCAACCUACUUACAGUCACGUUACUACAGAGCCCCUGAAAUUAUUCUUGGAUUACCAUUUUGUGAAGCUAUUGAUAUGUGGUCAUUGGGCUGUGUGAUAGCUGAGCUGUUCCUGGGAUGGCCUCUUUAUCCUGGUGCUUCAGAAUAUGAUCAGAUUCGUUACAUUUCACAAACACAAGGCCUGCCCGCCGAAUAUCUUCUCAGUGCUGGGACAAAAACAACGAGGUUUUUCAACAGAGAUCCUAAUUUGGGGUAUCCGCUGUGGAGGCUUAAGACACCGGAAGAACAUGAAUUGGAGACUGGAAUCAAAUCAAAAGAAGCUCGAAAGUACAUUUUUAAUUGUUUAGAUGACAUGGCUCAGGUAAAUAUGUCCACAGACUUGGAGGGAACAGAUAUGUUGGCAGAGAAGGCGGAUCGAAGAGAAUAUAUUGAUCUGUUAAAAAAAAUGCUAACAAUUGAUGCAGAUAAGAGAAUUACUCCUCUGAAAACUCUUAACCAUCAGUUUGUGACAAUGACCCACCUUCUGGAUUUUCCACAUAGCAAUCAUGUUAAGUCCUGUUUUCAGAACAUGGAGAUCUGCAAGCGGAGGGUUCACAUGUAUGAUACAGUGAGUCAGAUCAAGAGUCCCUUCACUACUCACGUUGCCCCAAAUACAAGCACAAAUCUAACCAUGAGCUUCAGCAACCAGCUUAAUACAGUGCACAAUCAGGCCAGUGUUCUAGCUUCCAGUUCUACUGCAGCAGCUGCUACUCUUUCCCUGGCUAAUUCAGAUGUCUCAUUGCUAAACUACCAGUCGGCUUUGUAUCCGUCGUCUGCAGCACCAGUUCCUGGAGUUGCCCAGCAGGGCGUGUCCUUGCAGCCUGGAACCACCCAAAUUUGCACUCAGACAGAUCCGUUCCAACAAACAUUUAUAGUAUGUCCACCUGCUUUUCAGACUGGACUACAAGCAACAACAAAACACUCUGGAUUCCCUGUGAGGAUGGAUAACGCCGUGCCGAUUGUACCCCAGGCGCCGGCCGCGCAGCCGCUGCAGAUCCAAUCGGGAGUGCUGACGCAGGGAAGCUGUACACCACUAAUGGUAGCAACUCUCCACCCUCAAGUAGCCACCAUCGCACCGCAGUAUGCGGUGCCCUUUACUCUGAGCUGCGCAGCCGGCCGGCCGGCGCUGGUUGAACAGACUGCCGCUGUACUGGCUUGGCCUGGAGGAACCCAACAAAUUCUCCUGCCUUCAACUUGGCAACAGUUGCCUGGGGUAGCUCUGCACAACUCUGUCCAGCCCACAGCAGUGAUUCCAGAGGCCAUGGGCAGUGGCCAGCAGCUCACAGACUGGAGGAAUGCCCACUCUCAUGGCAACCAGUACAGCACUAUCAUGCAGCAGCCCUCCUUGCUGACUAACCACGUGACGCUGGCCACUGCUCAGCCCCUGAAUGUUGGUGUUGCCCAUGUUGUCAGACAACCACAAUCCAGUUCUCUCCCUUCUAAGAAGAAUAAGCAAUCUGCUCCAGUCUCUUCUAAGUCUUCUCUGGAUGUUCUGCCUUCCCAAGUCUAUUCUCUUGUUGGGAGCAGUCCUCUCCGUACCACAUCUUCUUACAAUUCCCUAGUCCCUGUCCCAGAUCAGCAUCAGCCCAUCAUCAUUCCAGAUACUCCCAGCCCUCCUGUGAGUGUCAUCACCAUCCGCAGUGACACCGAUGAGGAAGAGGACAACAAGUAUAAGCCCAAUAGCUCUGGCCUGAAGGCAAGGUCUAACGUCAUCAGUUAUGUCACUGUCAAUGAUUCUCCAGACUCUGACUCUUCCUUGAGCAGCCCAUAUUCCACUGAUACCCUGAGUGCUCUCCGGGGCAACAGUGGACCCCUGGUGGAGGGGCCCGGCAGAGUCGCGGGGGAUGGCGCCGGCACCCGCACCAUCAUUGUGCCUCCACUGAAAACUCAGCUCGGUGACUGCACUGGGACAGCCCCAGCCUCAGGUCUCGUGAGCAGUAAGACCAAGCCAGUGGCCUCAGUGAGUGGGCAGUCAUCUGGAUGCUGUAUCACCCCCACAGGGUAUCGAGCUCCACGCGGGGGGACCAGCGCAGCACAGCCACUCAACCUUAGCCAGAACCAGCAGUCAUCGUCAGCUCCAACCUCGCAGGAGAGAAGCAGCAACCCUGCCCCCCGCAGGCAGCAGGCGUUUGUGGCCCCGCUCUCCCAGGCCCCCUACGCCUUCCAGCAUGGCAGCCCACUACACUCGACGGGGCACCCACACCUGGCCCCAGCCCCUGCUCACCUGCCGAGCCAGCCUCACCUGUAUACGUAUGCUGCCCCCACCUCUGCUGCUGCAUUGGGCUCCACCAGCUCCAUUGCUCAUCUCUUCUCCCCCCAGGGCUCCUCAAGGCAUGCUGCAGCCUAUAGCACCCACCCUAGCACUCUGGUGCACCAGGUCCCUGUCAGCGUUGGGCCCAGCCUUCUCACUUCUGCCAGUGUGGCCCCUGCUCAGUACCAACACCAGUUUGCCACCCAGUCCUACAUUGGGUCUUCCCGAGGCUCAACAAUUUACACUGGAUACCCAUUGAGUCCGACCAAGAUCAGCCAGUAUUCCUAUUUGUAGUUGGUGAGCAGAGGGAGGAGGGGUCAUGACUGCCUGUUCCUGGCCCUGAGUUCUUAAUAACAGGCUAUGAUGAACUCCUCCCUUAGGCCCCUCUUGAAACUCCUUAGCCAGCAACUUGUUCUGCAGGGGCCCACUGAAGCAGAAGGUUUUUCUCUGGGGAACCUGUCUUAGUGUUGACUGCAUUGUUGUAGUCUCCCAAAGUCUGCCCUAUUUUUUAAUUCUUUAUUUUUGUGACAGCAUUUUUGGUAUUUGGAAGAGUUCAGAUGCCCAUCUUCUGCAGUUACCAAGGAAGAGAGAUCGUUCUGAAGUUACCCUUUGAAAAAUAUUUUCUCUCUGACUUGAUUUCUAUAAAUGUUUUUAAGACCAAGUGAAGCCCCUCUAUUUAACUUUGUUUUAUUAUAAUUGCUGGUCAGAGGAAAAAUGCUGAUAGAAGGACUUGAAAUCUGGUAACAAGUGAGGAAAGAAAAAUCAUCACUUUUUGCUUAUUUAAAAACCAAGACUUAAUUGCCUCUUUUAAGAGCAGCUUACACAAGUCUGUAUUUGACUAUCAGGCAUUUCUCCUCUCAAAAUUUUACCUUUCCUUAUGGGACCUGAGACUACAGUGUUUAGUUUGUUUUCAUGUCAUGUUAUACUUACUGGGCAAUUGUUAUUUUUGCAAAACUGGUUAUAUACUGCUCCUUACUACUCUUGGGAUUCUCUCAGUUGCUCCUGUGUUUAUUGUAAAGUAGUGUUAAAAAGGCAGCUCACCAUUUGCUGGUAACUUAGUGUGAGAGAAUCCAUACCUACCGUGAAAGCACUAGGUAUUACUCUUUUUAAAUGAAGUACCAUGCAUUCUUCUUAAGUUAUUUUUUAAAAGUAUUUCUCUCUCUGAUUCAGCUUAAAUUUUAUUAUUGGAAAAGCCAUUAAGGUCGUUAUUAUUGUAUGGUGGUGGUUGUCUUAUUAUAUGCAAAAUCUCUUUGUAUUAUGCGAUACUGGUAUAGAUGAGCUUUGCCUAAAGGUUGUUGGCAUUGGUGAGCUUUGCCUAAAGAUUAAUAUGAAUUUUCAAUAAUACACCUCUCUCUCUUUGCCUCAUCUCUCCCUUCUGUUCUAUGAUUUAUUUGGGGAGAAAGCUAAAGAAUCUGAAACCAGAUAAGAACGUUGUGUAUAGCUUUUAUACUUUAAAGUAGCUUCCUUUGUAUGCCAGCAGCAAAUUGAAUGCUCUCUUAUUAAGACUUAUACAAUAAGUGCAUGUAGGAAUUGCAAAAAAUAUUUUAAAAAUUUAUUACUGAAUUUAAAAAUAUUUUAGAAGUUUUGUAAUGGUGGUGUUUUAAUAUUUUGCAUAAUUAAAUAUGUACAUAUUGAUUAGAAAAAUAUAACAAGCAAUUUUUCCUGCUAACCCAAAAUGUUAUUUGUAAUCAAAUGUGUAGUGAUUACACUUGAAUUGUGUAUUUAGUGUGUAUCUGAUCCUCCAGUGUUACCCCGGAGAUGGAAUGGAUGUCUCCAUUGUAUUUAAACCAAAAUGAACUGAUACUUGUUGGAAUGUAUGUGAACUAAUUGCAAUUAUAUUAGAGCAUAUUACUGUAGUGUUGAAUGAGCAGGGGCAUUGCCUGCAAGGAGAGGAGACCCUUGGAAUUGUUUUGCACAGGUGUGUCUGGUGAGGAGUUGUUCAGUGUGUGUCUCUUCUUCCCUUUCUCCUCCUUCCCUUAUUGUAGUGCCUUAUAUGAUAAUGUAGUGGUUCAUAGAGUUUACAGUGAGCUUGCCUUAGGAUGGACCAGCAAGCCCUUGUGGACCCUAAGCUGUUCACUGGGAUUUAUCAGAACAGGAUUAGUAGCUGUGUCGUGUAAAUGCAUUGUUGUCAGUUUCCCUGCCGACGUUGAAAAAUAAAAACAGCAGCUUUUCUCCUUUAGCACCACGUCUACCCCUUUCCAGUCUGGAAUCUCAGCUGAGUUCUCACAGAAGCAUUUUCCCCACGUGGCUCUCUCACGGUGCAUUGCUACCUUGCUUCUGUGAGAAUUUGGGAAGCAGGUGAGAGGAGUCAAGCGAAUAUGAAAUAUAUGGUGGUUUUCUUUUUCUUUAAAGUAUGUGCAAUCACUUUUAGAAUGAGAUUUUUCUUUUCCUUUUCCCAUGUGGCAGUCCUUCCUGCAAAUAGUUGCCAUUCCUAGUAAAGUAUUUGCUUGUUGGAAAAAAACAUAUAACAGAUCUGUUUAUACCAAAGAGCCUGUUGUAUUGCUUACCAUGUCCCCAUACUAUGAGGAGGAGUUUUGUGAUGCCGCUGGUGACAGGGAACUCACAGGAAGGUUUCUGAGCCGGUGAAGAAUAUUAAAAAGGAACCAAAGCCUGUUGAGUCAUCGGGCUUUUGACGUUUCUUUUUAACAGCUUGAAUAUUCUUGGGGCUGUGAAAUUGUCCUUGUACUCUCAGCUCCUGCAUGGAUCUGGGUCAAGUGGAGGGUACUGGGGAUGGGGAUGUUCCUGCCCAUAAAAGAUUUGGGGGAAGAAGGUUAACUCUAAGAUAGAGAAGUGUUCCAUCUGAAUUGAAAAUUAUGUACUUGAGGGCUAAGUCUAGGACUGGUUCUUUGUAGAGAUGGCGUCAAGGAGGUGCAGGAUGGAGAUGGGAGAUUUCAUGGAGCCUGGUCAGCAAGCUCUGUACCGGGUUGAACACCGAGGAGCUGUCAAGGUAUUUGGAGUUUGUUUCUUCAUUGUAAAGAGUAAGGGCUUCCACGAUGGGGCAGAUAGUCAGUACAGCCUACCAGGAACAUGUUGGUGUAUUCUGCUUUUUCUCUUUUCUUACUUCUUUUUUCUUUUUCUUUUUUUUUUUUUCCUUUUCUUUUCUCUUUUCCUUUCUUCUCUCCUUUCUUUCUUUUUUUCUUUUCUUUACUUUACUUUACUUUUCUUUUCUUUCUUUCUUUAUUUCUUCUUGUGGUCAUUCUCCUGAGUUGUGUUUGCACCGCUGUAUUGAAGAUACCCAAGCAGCUCGUAUAGUUUCCAUCACUAAUGUUACACAUUUUUCUGGUCAAUGUGUGUGAUCUUUGUGUUUCCUUUUUUACCAAACGUAUUUUUAUUUUCUUGUUCAAAGGCAGACCUAGUUUCUAGUAGAAACAUUUUUUAUUCCUUAUCUUUCCUCUACAAGGGAUAAAAGAUUUGUUGUUUUUGUAACAAAUGAGAUAUGGGGGGGAUACAAAACAUUCCACUCCUGCCCCCCCAUCCAAUAAGUAGAUACCACUUAAGGUGCAAGUCUUAACUAACUUCAUGGGGAAAAGACAAUACCCAGAGUGUGUAUUGUUAUCUGAAACAUCCGUACUAGCAGUUGUGGCUUUAAGAAUUUUAGAAAUUUUCAGCCUUAACCUGCAAAUUGACAUUUCAAAUUUACCAAGAUAAAAAUCCAUCUGUGUCUGCUGAAUACAGUGCUCAAUGUGGCUUUAGAAUCUGUCCCUGGGGCUUCAUAUUGCCAGCCCUGACAGGAUGGGGGGAAGCCCUGUGAAUUCAGUGAGCGGCUGGUACCUGGUCAUAGUGGCCUAACCUCAGGCCAGCUUCAGGCUUUAUGUCCUUUCAGAACUUGUGCUUCCAGCUUCUCCCCUUCAGGGUGAGAGAGAAAGUGGGGAAGGCUUAAGUACAGCCACUCUGGUUCUCAUCGGGACACUUGAUCACUCCAGAGUUUUAAUAGCUCCCGGGAGGGGACGGGGACACUGGCGUCAGUGCUCAGCUCAGAUACCAGCCCCAGAAAUAAGAACUCCAUUUCACACAGUUCUGGCCAUCCAUCCUCCUCCACUAGAGGGGCUCAGCUUGAUUGCCCUGAGCCAGGCAAACACAGUAAUGUGUGUUUUAUUCAGCAUUAUUCUGCAAAAACCCACUGGUUAGGUUGGUUUGUUUUAGGAUAGGAAAUGAAAUGCCUCUCAGUGACAGGAAUGGCCCAAGCCUGCUUCCUAUUUUGGGUUUUGGUUUUUUUUUUAAACUGAUGGAUGGUGCAGCAUGUCCACAUGGUUGUUUGUCGCUAAACUUUAUAUAAUGUGUGGUUUUGAUUCAGCUUGAAAAAUAAUCUCACUACAUGUAGCAGUACAUUAUAUGUACAUUAUAUGUAAUGUUAGUAUUUCUGCUUUGAAUCCUUGAUAUUGCAAUGGAAUUCCAACUUUAUUAAAUGUAUUUGAUAUGCUAGUUAUUGUGUGCGAUUUAAACUUUUUUUGCUUUCUCCCUUUUCUGGUUGUGCGCUUCCUUUUACAACAAGCCUCUAGAAACAGUUUCUGAGAAUUAUUGAGCUAUGUUUGUAAUGCAGAUGUACUUAGGGAGUAUGUAAAAUAAUCAUUUUAACAAAAGAAAUAGAUAUUUAAAAUUUAAUACUAACUACGGGAAAAGGGUCCAUUGUGUAAAACAUAGUUUAUCUUUGGAUUCAAUGUUUGUCUUUGGUUUUACAAAGUAGCUUGUAUUUUCAGUAUUUUCUACAUAAUAUGGUAAAAUGUAGAGCAAUUGCAAUGCAUCAAUAAAAUGGGUAAAUUUUCUGA